AUGUCGGGCCCCAUUCACCAGUCCCCUAAUGUAAUCUCACAUGCGUCUCCACCUCCCACCCACUUCCGUCCCCCUCUUCCCUUCAACCCCUUUUCCUUCACCACCCCUUCAACCCCUUUCAGCCCCAUUCCCGCGUGCCCCUCUUGCGCACUCUGCCCUCUCCCACCCAUCCUCACCCCUUCGCCCGAUUCUUCUCUGGUCCUCCGCCCUCCUGCUCCGCCCCCUGCUCCCCCUUCUCCUACCCCUAGCCUCGUUUCCGCCAAGCCCAAGCCACGCGUGCCCGCAUCCUCACUUCCCCCUCCCCUCUUUGCGCCUCCCGACCCUGGUCCGUCUCCCCUUCCCCCUCCGCACGGCCGCCGGUCGCUGCCUGCCCCCGUCUGA